AGCCAGCAGCAGUACUGAAGAGGACUGGAAAAUGGAUUUGAACAUCAGGAAGUAUUUAACAGAAGCAAAAGACAAUGAUAUUAAAGCACUGAAGACAGCUUAUGAACUAAUAAAAAUGGCUAACAAAGAACUAUCUCCAUUGGAUGGGAGUGAGAAGUUUAACACUGAUCUAUAUAUACUUUGUGCGGAACAGGCACUACAGCUUGGACUUAGAGAUAUGAGCAAGGAUUGUCUGCAUAUGUAUUUUAAGGCAAAUAUUCCUACCAAUCAGUUCUUGGGUCGGGCAUAUCUUUGCCAAGCUCAACUGAGUGUCCCAACAUCUGCGGAAAGCACAGAUUAUUUGGAUAUAGCUGUAUCAUACAUCCUCAAAACAAUAGAAUUUGCUACAAAACAAAGCAGAUACCAUUUUUUGGUGUACAAUGCAAGCGUUAUUUACUGGAUGAUGGUCAGACCAUUUUUGAAGCCUGGUAUGUAUGCUACAUUGAUCCCUAGCCUCUCUAAAGUUGUUAAGGCAUUGGAAUGGAUUGAAGAGCAAGACUACGAAUGGAGGGCCCAAUUAAUGAUUGCGCUGAUUGAAUGUCUUUUGGAUGCUGGAAAAACAAAAGAAGCCUCACAAUUUGCAAAGUCUACAGCGGAGUUUAUUAAAGCUUAUGUCCCACGUAUGUACAAGACGAUCUUCUCCAUGCAGGUGUAUUAUAACCUUGUGGACAAUGCGAAAGUGAGAAAAGAGGUCAAAUCCAACACUGAUCUUACAGCAAUUUAUAGGAUUCAGAAAUUAAAAUACGAACUUAAAACAAAGGAACAACCAAAAGACCUCUCAGAUCAACUGACUUACAUCUAUCAGCUUUUAACAAAUACACAAUCUCAGGAUAGCAGACCUGGAAGUUCUGACCGAAGCACAUCGUCGGGCACUGGCCGGCACUCAUCCAGUGGGAAGCACACACCCAUUGGAAAGCACACACCCACUGGACGGUACACACCCACUGGCCGGCACUCAUCCAGUAGUCGCCACACACCCAGUGGUCGCCACACACCCACUAACCGGCCGCACACGACGCCCCCUCAAAGACGAUCAACAAUAUUUGGACGACAGCAAACAUCUAGUGAACAACGGCUCACACUUGCUGAACAGCAGCUAACAGCAAUCGUCCAGCAGCUUCCUCCAAGCAAUAGAUUUCCUCUACUAAUGGAAUUAGCUCGCCUUUCAUUAGAUGUAAAGAAUCCUGAAGUGGCAGCAAGUUGCAUUAAUGAACUUAAGAAAGAUGAAAUGAAAGAUUCACGAACAGCUAUUGAAAUUGAAUGCUUAAUAUGUGAACUAGAAAUACAGAGACUUGGCGUUAAAUCAGAAAAAUACACAAAGAGUUUUGUGGAGAAAUGCUUGGGAGUAAUUAGGAGAUUGGAUCAAGCUCUUCAAAAUGCUAUACGUGAGGGGGAUCCUAAUGUUAUUCAGGUUGUUUGUGUGACCCUGUGGAACGUUUGUUUACCUUUGCUUCAACCUAGUUUGCGUAAACAUGUGAAGAGAUCACUAAGCAAUGUGGCAAAGAUUUUGGAUGAGAUUGACAGUCUGUUGAUAAAGCUUCGAUGUCAAGUUCAUAUGGAGGUAGCUUACAUUGAGGAAGAGGAUGAUCGGAUAGAUGUUGCAAUGGAGCAUCUUAAAAAGGCAUAUUAUUUUGGUAAUGGAAGCUCAUACCAGGAACAUAUUGAGAUAGCACUACAUCGUUUGGAAAUAUCUUCAAUGCUUUAUGAAACUCCUGAAAUCUUAGAGGACAAGGCAGCUAAGAUUAUUGAACAGGCCAAAAGAGAGACUGCAUCGCAAAGUGUCCGAGAAAAGCGUUCUUUGUUGGUUAAUGCUGGGAUAACUCUGGCUCCCGAUGCUUUUCAAAUGGUACUGGAUAGUGAAAAUGAAGCCAAAGUUUCAAUAAAUCCAGAUACUUCUGGUUUAAUUGGUCAACUAGCUGCCAGAGCUCAGCAUCACAUUCAUUGUGUUAAGAAAGUUAGAGGACAUCUGGAAAGACUUGGAACUGUGAAUGACAAAAUGAGAGUUAGACUUUGGGCAGAUUUAGCUAAAGUUGCACGUAAGGAAGAAGUUUGGGAUGUAUGUCGUGCAGCUUGUCGAUUUUGCUUAUUAUAUGAUGAUGGCCGAUGGAAAAUGUCAUAUCCUAGUAAAGGAAAGGGAAAAACAACAGAAGACAGCUGUGCUACUAAGUUGUCUUCAGGAACAUCACAUCAGCAAAACCGAGCUUGUGCUUUUGAAAGGGAUUUGAUUCGACUCUUUGUGGAUGUGAGCUUCAUCAACGGAGAGGCUACAAUCGCCUUGUUGAACAAAGAAGAUAUUCAGUAUAACAAUCGUCCCAUUCCACCAGAUGAUAAAAGUAAGCAUCCUAAAGGAUACGUAGCCCCAAAUCCAGAAGAAAAUCCAGAAUGGAUCCAAUACAGAGAUUGGAUAGACUCUCUGUCUCAGUAUGCUACAAAGAAUUUCUUGCGAGGUGCAGAAUUGGGAGUGGAAUUAAAAGAUCCAUUGAUAGUGUGCAAUGCAGCAGUGUAUCUCUGGAAUUGUAAUCAUCAUCUCUUAAUUGCUGGGAGAUACAGAGAGCUUGUUGAUACUUUCCAGUCUUUACUUGAUGCAAUGAAGCAAACUGGACAUUUAGGGGAGACUAUUCUUUUGGUAAUGUUGUGCAAUGCCUUAGCUCAGGGCUUGAUUCAACCUUGGAUCCCUAACCCAGUUGACAACAUUGAGAAAAAAGUAUCCGAUAAGGUUCCAACAGAAAGUAAAAGGAAAAAAUCACUGGCAAAGAGAACUGAAAAGCCAAGUGCUCCACAGAUUCUUUCGGUUGAACCUGAAGGCAUUCCUUAUGUGAAUAAAGCAUUAGAGGUCUGUGAAUAUGCAAUAUCUAUCACAAACAGAACUGAAUACACUAAUACUGUUCCCAUUGCUGUGAGACAUCAUAUUCUGAUCACUUGGGUCAGAGUAAAACAGCUUCUACAGCAGCAAGUUGGAUCAAAGCUAGGAAUUGAAGAUGAGGGAAAAGCCUCCAAAGAUUUUGAACCUUCAAAAGUGUCACGCCAAUCUCAGCGUAAUAAAGGCCAAAAUCCAAUGAUGAGAGCUCUUGUUGCUCUAGAGAUGUACUCAUGCAACAACUUGAACCUAAUGAAAUUCAAUGUUCCCAACAUUUCAGAAAUAAAUAAAUUAGUAUCUAACUGCCUCUGGUCAGAUAAACUGGUGGAGUUAGAAGCAUUAACACGUAUGAUGCAAAUUGCUUACACUGCUCAAAAUUAUGAAUUAGUAAGUAAAUGCGGCCAGAAAGCAUUUAAACUGGAUGGAAUAACUAUUAAAACUGCAGGCUUCAAGAAACUUGUAAAUUAUAAUUACAAAGUUGAACAAGAAUUGCUAAGUGUUGCUGCCUGUUUACAAGGGCUAAGUAGCAUGGAUACUGCAUUUGGAAGGAAGGAAAUGCACAUGAAUGCAAUGAAAGCAUUUGAACAGAGUGCAUGCUAUGGAGAAAAAGCUGGAAAUAUCAGACUUGUCAUGAAUGCAGCCAGAAACUUUUGGAAUUUCUGUCUAAGCAUGAUACCAUCUCCAAUGGAGAGAAAACUGUUGGAACAACCUAUUAGAACCUUUCUAAAUGCCAUAAACACCACGUAUGCCAAGGAUAGAAAGAUGGAUGUAAAUGAAAAACAAGAUCAACAAAAUGCACAACCAACAGCUGAACAGCUAGCACUUGAAGUUGUGCCAAGGCAAUUAAUAUUUUCUGGCGGUAAUCCUGAAGAUGAUCUCACAUUAAGAGCAGCAAUGUAUGGGCUUUUGUUCCACAUUUAUGCUGACAAAGAAGAUUGGAAGGCAGCUUUAAAAGUUUUAGAUGAAGCCAUUCAAGACAUGCCAAGAACUAAACAUAAGCUUCUGAUCUUCAAGCAUAGAAUCAUGGUGCAUGUACGGCUUGGUCACAGUAUCAGGAUGGAUUUGCAGAAAUUAAAAGAUGAAAGUGAACAGUACUUAUCUUCCAUGUGGCGCCGUGUGGUCGUUUUCUCUAACAAAAGAACAGGCAAGAUAUCUUGCUAUCAGAAAUCAAUAGAGGCUUUGGAGAAACCAGAAAGUAAUUGGCAGAAGGUUGACCAUCUUAUUGAGUUUGCUGAAUGGCUAUAUUCCAAUGAUUUCCCUGAAAAUGAUGUUCUCUGCCUCUUGGACUGGGCAGUGGAUCUACUGCUAAGCAUGAAAUUAUGUGUGAAACCCAGGGUGGAAGAAGACUUUAAAGUGAAAAAAAAGAAAUUAAAGAGCAAGCAUUCACAAGAAAAACAGAAGCUGGAAGAGCAGAAACCAGAGAAGAAUCCUGAACCAGAAGAUACAGGUGCCUCAGAAAAGGAAAUAAUUCCCUUGGAGAAUCAGGCACAGAUUGGUGUACAGAAUAUCGACCCGAAUUUAUCCUUAGCAGAUCUACAAGAUGUGAGACAACUACAGACACUCAUUGAAAUCCACACAUUAAUGGCUAUAAUUUCAAGCCGGGCUUCAAGCCAGCACAAAAAGUACUGCUUAAUGGCAUAUGCUUAUGUUAUGUGUAUUUGGCAGGCAACAUUGGCAACAGCAGGAUCAAUUAUUAAAGAACUAGCAAAGACUGCUCCCCCUUCCCCUGAUUUGCUACCAUCUAGUAAGUCAACAAAGAAAUCAAAGAAAAAGGAUCCAAAAGAGACAAUCUCUCAUGUUCGAGUGAGACCAAAAUUGAAAGAGAAUGCUGAAUCCAUGCCUUCUACUUUUGAGGAGUGGGCAAACUAUGAUUGCCCAGAUGAAAUUCGAGCCAUCUUUAAGACUUGCUCAGAUUGUAGUCUUAUCAACGCAAGUAAUAUUUUGAAACCUACAUACAGUUUAUUCUACAUUGAUUUACUGGUUAAGGAGCUGCAAGCCUUGUCGUACAACCAUUUAACCUUGCCUGUCCUUCAACUUGGAGAAAUAAUAGCCUGUGACGUGUUGAAUAACAUGAGUCUUUCUGACCUCUACCAUUUUAGGAUUGCCCAAGUGUGCAUAGAACUGAACCUAAUAUCUGCUGCAGAGUACCAUGAGAGGGUACCUGGAACACAGUUUAUCUAUGAUAAGGAACGAGCUAAGGUUCGUCAAGAAAUUGCUAAAUUACAAGAUGAAAAGUCAGAAAUUCCAGAACAAAAUAUACAAGAUUCACAUGAACACUUGUCUGACAAUCAAUCCAAACCAAAUGAGAAAAUGUACAUUAGUGAGUGUGAUUCACAAUAUAAAAUUGUCCAAUAUGGAUGUUCAACCUCUGGGAUGUUUGGAAAAAAGUUAAGCGCAGUUUCUGAAAUAGAUCUGUGGAUUGAUAAAGCAGAAAUUUUACUGGAACUUGGUUUCUACCAACCUGUUAGAUUACUGCUAGCAGAAGCUCACAAGGCUGCAAAGGAACUGGGAAAUAAAGAAGCUGAGGGUAGAAGCUUGUACCUUUUAGCAGCGCUGGCCAAUCGUGAACUGAACUUCGGUCAAGCACAACACCUCCUGGAAGAGGCUUAUAAAAUUGGAGGAAAUGAAUACUACUGGUACAAUAUGAUCGCUUGCAUGAUAGAAGCUACUGUGGGAAAGAAACCCCAGGAUUAUCAUGAAUUGGCAAGUAAUUUCUUAAAACAGGGCAUUGCAAUGUACCAGGAUGUUCUGGUGGAAAAACCUAAUCGAAUUCCAGUUCUUAAAUUCAUGAUUGCUUCAUUGGAAGCAAGGUUGACCAUCAUUGAAGUAGAAGCCAUAAACAGUUCAAGUGGCUUCAAUUUAAAUAAAGAUCAGAAUAUGGAAAGUCUGAUCUCAGCCUGUGACCAGUUGCACCAGUCUUCACAAACUUUAAUUCAAUUUGGGUACAAGCAAGAAGCAGUGGGCUUUAUGGUGGAACAUGUCAAAAUAAGAAGAACACUUGCCAAAUACAGUGAAGAUGAGGAACCGAAACACAGUCACCUCUUAGCUGCAUAUGAAUUGAUGGAAAAGGCCAUUAUAAUUGAAGAAGACAUCUUCAGGGAUGUGAUGAGCUUGUUACCCCUUACUGAGGUUGCAACUUUAAGUAUGCCUGUGAUGGAGAAACUGGCAAAUCUCAAGAUAACCUUUGCGGAGUUGGUUUUGGAUAUGCUUCAGUUGGUAACUAUUCAAGAGAAGAAGGAAGCGGAAGCAGAAAGAAAAAAGAAAUUGAUGCAAACAACCAUUGAAGAAUUCAUCCGUUCCACUCCUGACUACACACCUAUAGAAGAGGAAUGGGUAACCAUAUCCAAGGUAUUGGGACAAAAUGCUCUGUUACAGCUACUGAGUAGUAGUCUUCUCAAGAGUGGUUCAUCAGAAAUAAAAACAAAGUCUUUCUUUCUUACUGGAAAAUGUCUAAGGUGGUUGGCUGUCCGGUUAGAUCCAAUUCAUUUCGGCAACAUUUGGGUACAACACAUGAAGGUUGAUGUGAAGGACAACAGAGGUCAUUUGUCACACCACAUAGAUGAGGAAAAUGAGGAAGCAGAAGAGAAAUAUGAUGAUUUACCAGUGAGUACGCAGCAACUGGCAAAAUGUGUUGCUAAAGCCAAGCAAUUGAAGUAUGAAAGAAGCCUGUCUCAGAUGUACCUGGCUCAGGCGAGUGAAGUUCUGAUACAGUCAAUAAACUGGGCACAGCUCCACAAAUAUACUGAGCAAAUAGCAGCAGCUAGUCUUGAAAUGGUUGAAUGUUUCGGCCAGUUUGAUCCGGUUUCAGCAGGGCAUUAUUUAGCACUCCAUCAGAGUUGCAGAGCUUCAGUGAUGUUGAAAAAUGUCUUGAUGAAGGUAGGAUGUAAUACCAGCAGUUCCCAGCUUGCAGCAUUAACAAAUCUUCAACAGCAGCUAAGUGAGAGGGGAAAGAAUAACAUUUUGCUCAAGACAGUCAAUGAAAGACUUGAAACAUGUUUUCAGGCAUGGCAAAACAUCGCAAUUCAUCCCCAGCAUCUCAGUCUGUUUAAUGAAUUUCCUUCCAAUUUUAAUAUCAUCAUUCUUCAGCACUCUGAAGACAGGACACUCUUAUAUGGAGCACUUCUCGAAAAACCAAAAUCUGCUGGACAAAAAGUCAGAAGCUCUCAAGGAAAUCAAAGUCAAACCCAAGCUAAAAUUGUGCGAGCCUCAGUUGAUCCUACAUUAUUUUCACAUCUGGUGAAAAGAUUCCACAAACAUAAGCAGAAUCUGGCCCAUUAUUUUGUCAAAUGCAACGCUACUAAGGCUUCAGAAACUAUUGAAGCCAAUAAAAGUAGGCUUCUUGCAAACUUCAGCAACAUCUCUGAAUCCUUGGAAGAAUAUUUGAAGCCCGUUUUGUCACAGUUUGACUUUUCAAUCUUUGGUCAACCAAUAUACAAAACUGACAAAACAAAAAGGUCAAAAAACAAAAACCCGGAGAUGAAAUCAGCUUCUGAAAAGUCACUUCAAGAUAACCCUGCAAGUGGAGGAGAAUAUAUAAUUCUGUUACCUGACAACCUAUUGUUGGAGCUACCAUUGGAAACACUGAGGUUUCUUCAAAAGCAUGAAAUUACUUCCGUGUCAAGAGACUUCUCAUUGCAGUUUCUAUACAAUCGGUUUCACAGAGGUGUGCCAGAAGAACUCGAGGGGAAAAAAUCCCCCAAAGCAAAAGAAAAACAGAAGAAAAAAAAGAAAUUGGCACUUGAUCGUGCUGUACCACCAAACUGCUUCCCAAUAGACACAAAUAAAUUCAAAUAUAUUGUGGAACCUUAUGAUGUUGCCAUAGACUCAGAAUUCUUCAACCCUAUAAAAAUAAUGACAGAUUUGAAGGACCAAUACCAGGCUCACUUUACAAGUCAAUGGCAUGGCAUUAUAGGCAGUGACCACAUGCCAAGUCAUGCAGAUUGGGAACAACAGCUGAGCAGUUGCAAAGCAUUUAUCUUUUAUGGGACAGAGCACUUUCUCGCAAAUAUGUUGCCAUCAAAGCUCAUUUCCAUGAAUCUUCAAGAUUGCCAGUUAGUAAUUCUUUUAGAUCUGGUUCAGACCAUUCGGAGUGCCUUGCGGCAAUCGAUGGCAGAUGUGGAUAAAAGCAAGUUACAAUUGUCAAUUGAGCAACAAUUGGAAACAAUAAUGAUCCUGAGCUUAACUGGAGUUCAUUCCAUCAUGGCCAACCAGUGGCAUAGCACACUUGAAAACAAUGCCAUCAGGCUUUCAAAGGUGUUAGGAGAUUUGUUGGAGAGUGGAAGAACCACUGGUGAAACAGUCCUCAGAAUCAUUAGAACUAAAAAGGAAGAAAGCAAUUAUUUAACUGACGCCGAAGAGAAUAACUACUCGAAUAUUCAACCUUCAGAUAACUGGGAAUCUAGAGUAAGUAGUCGUGCAGACCCCAAAACCAUAAGGGCUGGAACAAGAAAUGAUUUCACAGAAUAUGAGAAUUCUGAAUUUCAGAAUAUUGAUGAGGAAACAGCUGAGAUUUUUGAGGCCGAGCUAUUUCAAGGAGAGUCUUUCACCUAUUCAUCUAAACCUACAGCCCAGCCCAGCCUUGCCACUUUAGAAGAUCCCAAUAUUUUUCAGUCACAUUUUAACUUCAUACUUUUUGGACUUCCUAAUCUCAUGGUCAUUUAGGUUAUUGAAAAUGAAAUAUCAAAUCUGUAAUUAUAAAUCUUAAAAUAACUGCUUAGUGAGUAAGAAAUCCCAUGUAUAGGUAAUUACAGUUUUACAAUAACAAGCUUUUGAUCUUUCAUUAUGAAUGAUUGUGUUGACGCUGAGUGUUAUUAUUGUCAGCAUUCCAUGAGUUUCUUUGUUUCCCAAAUAUUUUAAGUUUUUUUCAGUAUAACAUUUGUUAUAUGGUUUUCCAGUGUUUUAUCUAACAGUAACUAGGGCCAGAUUUGACCUGUGAAAGCUUUGUGUUAAUAUGUUUCAUGCAUUAAUUGUCUUUGAAUACAUUUCCAAUUAAUUCAUUCAAUAUUCUAUUGAUUGAUUAUUUAAGAUGUUUUAUUCAGUGAGCUGAAAAUGUGUUACUCUGUUUUCCAGUGGCUUUAUGUAACAUUUGCAACUAUCUAAUAGUAAAAUAUUCAAAUAGAACCAAAGAAAAUUGUUUAUUUCAAUUGCUACUGUUCAUAUGGUUAAUAUUUAAAUAGCGACACAAGGGUGAGGUCUGAAAAACUGAAAGGAAAUAAGGAAAAUUGAUAGACAUAACUAUAUGUGAUGAUUAAUGGAAGAAACAUUCCAUUAGUGAGAAUGAGUCAUGAGAAUAAUGCUGAUUCUUAUUGUAUUGAUUUUUCCAUUCAUAUUUUCUUAAAUCCACUCUUACACCAGGCAGGUAACCACAAUCUCAUCUAAAACUACCUUCAAAAGUUCCAAUAGCUGCUUCUGAUUAAAAUAUUUACAAUACCUUGA